GGUAGACACCUUCUACCAUCUUUUUAUACGAUUAAGUUGAGUAAAGGUCCUAAGCCUUUAACAAGUUCUAGAGUUUUUAGGCUGGAUAAUUGUAUGGCACAUAACAUGCUCAACAAACAAAUGUCACCAGGAUACGCCAAUGAAAAAGUGAAAAAAGUAUCAUCUUUCAAUGAAAAUGAUUAUUGGGAUGGUCUCGUGGAUGUACACGUCAAUAAUUGGCUUUUUGACCUAGACGAUUUUGAACGAGAGACUCCUUCUAGGAAUAAAGCAAUAAGCUUUCAGGACGAGGUGAACAAACGAGUAAAGGGUGUGGCAUAUAUUUUUAGUUGCUGUAAGCAACUCCGAUUGUCGAGGUCUGUGGGUCUAACAGCAGCCAUCUGCUUCCAUCGCUUCUAUAUGUUCGAGGACUUGGUGGCAUAUCACUACUUCGAGGUAGCUGCAACAGCAUUAUUUGUUGCAUGCAAGUCUGAAGAAUGUAGGAGGAACCUCAAAGAUGUCGUCAAAGUCUGUGCAAAGAUUGCCUCAGGUAAACCAGAUCCAGUUGAUGAAGAGUCAAAAAUAUACUGGAGAUGGAAAGACCUCCUUGUGAAAUUAGAAGAACUAUUACUAGAGAAACUCAACUUUGAUGUUACACCUGAAAAUCCCUAUCGCUUGGCGAUGGAGGGACUUAAGCUUGAUGCCACGGACUCGGCUAAACAAACCGUUGACAAAGAAUGGGAAAAACAAGCAACCAAUCUGUUUGGCAACUGCACAUACAUGUUUGAACUAUUUUCAAGGCUACCCAUCUGUUUGUUUUGCUCCAUUGAUAGCAUAUGUGCGUUGGCUGUUGUUUUGAGUUCAAAAAAGCUUCAAGUAACAUUUCCCGUUGAUUUUAUAAAAAAAGGGUUUAACGUGGAAGUUGAGGAGGUGAUACAAUGCUACAAUGAUGUUAUAUCUCUUGCCACUGAGGUUGAAACGUUAGACAAGUAUUUCAGGAUACUUCCUUAUAUCCCUCGUACAACUCAUAAAGAAAUUGAGUUGAUAUUUAAUGGAAUGAAAGAGAGCACACUUAUUGAGGCUUGAAAAGUUUUUCAUGUUUUUCGCCUUCAACAUGUUCAUCACCUUGGCUUACUUUAGAUGAUAGUUGCCAAGCAGGAUACUUGAUGAUAAUCAGAUAAUAAUCACUUCAAAAGGGCAACUUCUUUUUCCCAGGAGUUGCCCUGUUUACCCUCGAGGAGAAAAUUGUCUAGUAGAUAUUUGAUUAAGGGUACCUUUAUCCCUUUUUUGAGAAGGAUCUGUUUAUUGUGCUUGCUCACUUAUAGGAUACAGCCUGCCCCACUACACUCAGUAAAGCAACAAUGGCAUUAGUCUCAUCCUCGUCAAAGCUCAAUAACUUUACGGCUGAAGAAAUUCGUCAAC